AUGAAUUUCCCUACCUUAGUUUUGCUGUUAAGCACUCUCAAUGCAAUUUCCACGAUAGUUUCUGAUAAAUUCAGUGACUUCAAUUAUUACGGAGAUUUGAUCAAGAAUGUGCAUGAUAAAUAUAAGGGUACAGGAGUGAUUAUUGCAUCAGAAAUGGAUCGUCAACCAUUCGAACGCAUCACAAUCCGGCAUGAGACUACUAGGAAGCUAUCUAAUGAAGGCGUAUCAACACUUUUUCUCGACUUCAGCCAAUUCGAAAACAGAUUGAAUGUCUACAUGAAAGAAACUGAUCCUCCACUCAUUGUAAUUGUUCUGGAUACAAUCGGCGCUUUGCGCAGCUUCGAAACAAUCGCCAAAGGUCUAGACAUGGGGUACUUCGUUUGGUUGAUAUUCUUCAGUAGAGAUGCUGGUCAGGAUGUCUGUGACGUUUGUUGUCACCCGCGUGGAAAUUUAUUCAAUCUGAAAUUCAAUUCGAAAGUAAUAGUUUUGUGCUGUGACUCAAAGAUUAUUCGAGAAUGGUGGUGCGUCAGAGACAACCGCACUUGGAGUCAGGAAAUUGGCCAUACUAAUAAUCAAGAAAUUACUUGGGUCUCCGACGAGUUGCUCCGUGAUCGCAGGAAAUCAAUGCACGGUCUAGUCUUACGCGUUGCCGCAGUUAAGGGGACAGCUUUAUUCUUGGAAAGGGAUGGGAAAUACUAUGGAUAUAUAGGCGAAAUCCUGGCAGCACUGUCUGAAGCAAUGAAUUUUACUGUAUCACAAAUAAUCUGGGACAACGACUAUGGAUAUUGGAAUCGAAAAACCUUAAAUUGGACUGGUGUGAUUGGAAGAAUCCAUCGAGAAGAAGCUGAUAUUGGGGUUCCCGACUUCCUUAUAACGGACGCACGAUAUAAUGCAGUUAAUUUCGCAUACCCCAUCAUGAAUGGAGCUUAUCAAGUACACGUGAAAAAACUUGAAGUUGCUCAAGUAGCCUGGAACGCAUAUUUCAAGGUAUUGACAGUGGAUGUGUGGAUGGUAAUUAUAGGGUUCAUUCUCAUAACGCCAAUUCUCGUAACUCUCAUCGAAUACAGAAAACGGGAAUGUCCUCUGUUUCCUCUCCUCUUAGAACACUAUAUGUUCGUUUGGAGUAUUUUUUGUCAAGAAGGUUUCACAUUCCAAAUAGAGAUGAGCGGCGAAACAUCCUCGAAAAUCAUUUAUGUUUCACUAUCCUUAUCGACGCUUGUCAUUUACACCGCGUACGGUGCAUUGAUGACCAGCAUUCUAGCCGUGUCGUCAUCAUUUGUACCAUUCGCUACGAUGGAAGAAUUCGCUGAUGAUGGCACUUAUAAAUUCAUCGUGUUGAACAAUACUCUAUUCUAUAAUACGUUUAAGUUUUCUAAUAACACACUCAUGAAGAAGAUGAUGGCUCUUAUGGAGCCAACACAUUUCCUCCCUCAAACCCAUGAAGAGGGUUUCAAACAGGUAUGCAGUGGUCGAGUGGGAUUUUGGGCGAGUGAAAAAAUAAAAAAAAUCUACGACAACUUGAUACCCUGUGAAAUUACUUCCGUAGGGACUGAAAUGAAAGAAUCGUCGACACUGAUCACGCCAAGACACAGCGAAUUCAUGAGCCUAAUCAAUUACAACAUUCAACAGUUCAAAUACAAUGGAAUGUUCCAACGAUUGGAGAAAAAGUACUGGAAGCAGUCUCAACAAAAUGAAAAGAGUCUUUCACCAGUGCAUUUGCAAGAAAUCUCUCCAUUUGUGUUUGCCUUGUUUAUUGGAGGUCUGAUUGCCUUUGUAAUUUUAGUCAUCGAACGAAAUUCUUAUUUAUCUGUGAAGAAAGUACAUAAUCGGAAAAGUAAGCAAGUACGAAAGAACCGAACAUCGAAAUUUCCAGCGUACAGCAGACUCUAG